GCAAGUAGAAGAGAGGUUCAAGAGGAGGAGGAGGACUAGUGUACGAAGUGAUACAAAGCGUCAGCAGAGGAGGUCUACAGAAGAAGAGGAGGAGGAAGAAGAGCAAGAAGAGGAAGAGGAGGAAGAAGAAGCUGCUGCUGCCAGAGUAUUGGAACAGAGUGGCCGCGGCGGGUCGGUGGCAGCCGUCCUCACAGCGAGAUAUGGACCACAAAAAGAGCCCGAGCAGGAGGGUGAAACGUUCAAACAAGGAAGAAAACAUGUGGGACUGCAGCGUUUGCACGUACCGCAACUCCCCAGAAGCCUUCAAAUGUUUGAUGUGUGAUGUACGCAAGGGAACAUCAACAAGAAAACCUCGACUAAAUGCUGAGCUUGUGGCAGCUCAGGUGGCCCAAGUGAUGCCCCCAAAAGUGAAGAAGGCUGAGAGAAAAGAUCGGGACCGCAAAGGUGAUAGUCGCAAUCUGCAGAAGGGCAGGCCUAGGUUGAAGAAUGUCGACCGCAGCACAGCACAGCACAAUGCUGUCACAGUCAACAAUGUAACAGUCAUCAUCACAGAGUUCCAGCCCAAACACCGGUCCUCCUCCACAACCUCUUCUACCAAGACCACCACCUCCUCAGGCAACACCUCCUCAGCCACCAACGGGGAUGCUCAGGUCAUGUCAUCCUCAGAGGCUGGUUCCAUCUCGGAUGCCUCUACAGAUACAACGCGCAAUGGGGAUAUAACAACAGAAUCUAGGAGCUCUUAGGUCCCCUCUACCCUACACUGUGUCCUAGGCAGCUCCCAUAUUCAUCUCACACAUCAUCUUCACCACCCUCAGAGACAAAUGGUGAGAGCCAGAGCACAGUUGAACAUUAGUGAUUGUGUCACCAGCAAGUGCCCUUUUGGCUUACAAACACUGACCUGAACUGGUGCAAAUGUGUGUGAUGGUGCCCUAAAGGAAAAACUUUUUAUUUCAGAAAUGGAUUUAAGAGGUUGUGCUGCCUCCUCCUAGAUGUGACGUGACAAGAGAGAAAUGCCUUUUUUUUUUUUUCCUGACUCCAAUACUGCCAGUUUGUAUGUACAGUUUGGUUAACCUCAAAGGUAUUAUUUAGCUUUUAUGUGUCACAGCUGAUAGCCAUGUAUGUUUACUGUUUUAGGAUUUGUACAAAUCAGUUUGUGAGGGACUGCCUUUUCCCAUUGUUCUUGCCUUUGAAGACAGAUUUGUAGCUAAUGAAUGAAUAUAUAUGGUUAGGUAAAGUUACCUGCAGCUAAGAUUGUGCCCCAUCAAACUUGUGUUUGCAGUGUGGUAAAGUGCAGCCCAUACUGCCCAAACAAUAUCCUCAGCUGCAACCACAAUCAUCAUUAUUAAAAGUUUGUUUGAAUUUGUAACACUACAGAAAGGAACAAUUGUUAUGAAAAUGUACAAAUAUAUCAUGUUGCCUUGUUAGCAUUGUCUAAAGAAAUUUUUGUGAAAAUUAAAUACUGACACAGGGGUGCCUACCCUUGGCACCAGAGCAAUGCCACUGCCACCUUUGUGUCCCCCUGUGGUACCAAAGUCAUGAUUUUGCCAUGGGGCGUCUCCUGUUAAAGUUAGGGAUUAGGGCUUUGAGUCCUUGGAUGUAAAUUUGUAUUGAACAUGGUAGACUAAUGUAAUAUAGUGUGUGUGUGUGUGUGUGUGUGUGUGUGUACAGCACUCAUCAUAAAAAAGUAUGCUGGACAUCCAACCUGGCAUACAUUAAUCACAAAAACAGUACCCCACCCAUUCUCAAUUAGUUAACACCAAUGCAUUAUGCCAGCUGUCAGCCAUUGGUGAUAUCCUCUUGUUCAUAGCUUUAACAUGCUCUGUGAAUUGUAGCUUGCUUUGUGAGUGAAAUUGUCUUGCUGCUCAGUGACUCCUCUCCCCAGUUUCCAUUUCAAUAUAGUCUUUGAUGCUGUAAACAAUAGCAUAUAUUGACUAGAUAAAACUGGACUGUAGGAUAUUGUCCUGCCAGUGUGUGAUGUGAUUACUUUGAGGUACUUCGAGGCAAAUCAAAGACUGGUAGUGUAAAUAUGCCUCCAGCCAAACUACAUCCUGGUAAGCCUAAAGAGAUUUCCCCCAGGCUUUGAGAGGUCUUGGUAAAGAGCUGUAGAAUGAUCUCUUUGAGGGCUGUGAGUCAUGGGGGAAUUCUUCUUGGGUGUAGUGGUCUGGCUGCAGGGAUUUCUUUAUACUACUGCUUUCCUUUGAGUGUCACACCUAGUUCCUCACAUAAUGGUCAAAUACAAACUUGCUCAAUGAUUUCCUGUCUGGUACCCAAGCUUUGUGUAGUUCAUUGAUCCCUGCUAUAUUUCAGGCAUUACUUUUGUUUUUUCAUCCCAUAAUAACUUUGGUACAGGAUCCUAAGUCAGAACAACUUUUCACUGGAUGGAGAGACUUGACCAAUAACAUAAACUAACCACACAAGCUAAUUGAGCACUCAGAUGUGUACUGGAGGAUGUGGUGUCAUUCUUCUAGCUGAUUGCUGGCUUAAUAUAUUAGUACAAAUAGAACAGAUGGGACAUUUUUCAUCAUCAAUGGAUGCCUGGUUGUGUGUCAGACUGGUACACACACACACUCACACACAUGCAUAAUGUAUGAGAGUUUGUGUGUGUGCAUCUUUCUGUCAUAUGUAAGACCAUUUAUAUUUCUUCAAGUUUAUCAAGUGAGCUGAGUUAGCUCAGUGUUAUGUUUAGUUUCCAUAGGAUAUCAUACAUUUUUCAUAAUAUAUGAAUGACUUUGAUGCACACUCAUCAUGUAAAUGAUGUCUGUGCCAUGUCUCUUGAUCAUGUUGGGAAACUGGAUUUCCUUUCAUCUAUACCUUCUCUAAGUGUGUGUGUGUGUGUGUGUGUGUUUGUGUGUGUGUGUGUGUGUGUGUGUUUUGGAAAUAAAAGUUUACAUUUAU